CGGUACGUGUUGCUGCUGCCCCAGUCUGCAGGACUAUACUCGGAACCAGAAUGUGUGACGACGACAUUGCUGCCCUGGUUGUGGACAACGGAUCGGGCCUGUGCAAGGCCGGGUUCGCAGGAGAUGAUGCUCCCCGCGCCGUCUUCCCGUCAAUUGUGGGUCGCCCGAGACACCAAGGUGUUAUGGUCGGUAUGGGUCAGAAGGACUCGUACGUCGGUGAUGAGGCUCAAUCGAAAAGGGGUAUCCUUACUCUAAAGUACCCCAUUGAACACGGUAUCGUCACUAACUGGGAUGAUAUGGAGAAGAUCUGGCACCACACCUUCUAUAAUGAGCUACGUAUCGCCCCUGAAGAACACCCAGUACUGCUUACUGAACCUCCCCUCAACCCUAAAGCUAACCGUGAAAAGAUGACACAGAUUAUGUUUGAGACCUUCAACACCCCCGCAAUGUACGUCGCCAUCCAAGCUGUGCUUUCCUUGUACGCCUCUGGUCGCACCACCGGUAUUGUGCUCGACUCCGGUGAUGGUGUCUCCCACACCGUGCCUAUCUAUGAAGGUUACGCUCUUCCACACGCCAUCCUCCGUCUCGAUCUUGCCGGUCGCGAUCUAACUGACUACCUUAUGAAAAUCCUUACUGAGCGUGGUUACUCGUUUGUGACCACGGCUGAGCGUGAGAUUGUGCGUGAUAUUAAAGAGAAGCUGUGUUAUGUCGCUCUCGACUUUGAGCAAGAAAUGGCCACCGCAGCCUCGUCUUCUUCCCUUGAGAAGUCGUACGAGCUGCCUGAUGGACAGGUGAUUACCAUCGGUAACGAACGUUUCCGUUGCCCUGAAGCUCUUUUCCAGCCCUCGUUCAUCGGUAUGGAGUCAUGCGGUAUUCACGAAACAACGUUCAAUUCGAUCAUGAAGUGCGACAUUGAUAUCCGUAAGGACCUGUAUGCCAACACUGUGCUCUCCGGUGGAACCACUAUGUACCCCGGUAUUGCUGACCGUAUGCAGAAGGAAAUCACCUCGCUGGCUCCCUCAACCAUGAAGAUCAAGAUCAUCGCUCCUCCCGAGAGGAAAUACUCCGUUUGGAUCGGCGGUUCCAUCCUCGCUUCUCUGUCCACCUUCCAACAGAUGUGGAUCUCAAAGGAAGAAUACGACGAGUCCGGCCCUGCUAUCGUUCACAGGAAGUGCUUCUAAGCGUCUUGUCAAAGCUAUUCUGGUACAUUGUUUUUGCUAUCAUAUGUUCACAAGUGGAGUUUGCCUUCCGCAUUCCAACAGUUGUUUAACUUCAA